CGUGUGCCUGUGUUCAGGCCAUCAAGCAAUUGCGCCUCCGCAUUCGUGCACCAGGUCGUUCAGUGAGGUUUUAUAAGUGCUCUACCAAGACAACUCCUGUUACGUUCCCGAUCACCUUACCGUUUUCUCCUCCCGAGUGUGAAGUAUCACGGAAUAAGAUUUGAAAUAAUGAAUAUUUAUCGAACGUUUCUACUUAUCUUCGUCGCAAUCACCGUUAUCCGUGCGGUUCCUGUGACCCAGACAAACCAACUGUCCAACGCAGAAGCGGUAGAGAGCAGCUCGGCAACGACGAGAACCUUGGAUGGUAGUUCGGAGGAACAAGCUGGAAGUAACGAUCAGUCUGCAUGGUCCAGUUUGAGUACAGAAUGGGACUCUGAUUUACACUUAACUGAUGCUCGGCUCCUUACGGCAGUGACCGCAGUAACCUCUGAGGAGAAGCUGAUGACAGACGGACUUAUUUCCGCCGAUCACACAGCAAAAACGCAAGUUUCCAAUGGACUGGAGAUCACCGAGCUUUCCACUGACUGGGUUACCAACAAACCGACCUCAUACAGUAGCCUACCAUUUUCUCAAAGAACUGGCGGUUAUGUGGAGCACGCCGUCUCUACUGAAGUUACACCUUUCAAAACCGAUGUCUCAGAUGUAUACACACGUGUAACUGGUUUGUCGACAACUGAAAUAUCCGGUAAAAUCAAUCAUCCCGUAACACUAGUGAGUGAACUGUCACCCAGCAAGUUGCUUGACUCCGAAACUUCGCAUCUCUCUGUCGGUUAUGACACUGUCAUACCAGUAGAAGAAGCCAGCGCCUCUUCUCGCCAUGAUAUAACCUUGCCUGGUGCGCCGGUGCUCCCCAACGCUGCCACUGCGCUCACACCGAUAGAAAGUGCCCAGCCCACCAACUCACAAUUAGACCGUGCGUCGGCAUCAUCGCUCGAUAUUGCUGUCAAUGCUCGUGAGACAAACGUAGCCGAGGGGCAACCUCAUGGGGCUGUUGAUGAUCAUGUACGCGCAUCUACAAAGUGCACAACUUUGCCAGCAAAUUUGCUAUUUUCUGAACCAUCAGACAUACCAAUUGCUGAUGACACAAGGUCGGAAUCAGAUACCGUCAAGUCCUCCGGAUCGCAUGAACCAGCUCUAGGGUCAGUAUCAGUAUCUAACGAGGAACCUCACUUAUUAGCCAGCCCAAUUGACCUGGCAGAGGGGGUUUCCCAUAAAUUUUCUGGACCCCUAGAAGACAGUCAAGUGCGUACAUCACAUCGAAAAGCUUUAGAUUAUUCACAAGAAAACAAAAAGAAAGACUCAUUGGCUGGUAGUGAUAUUGACGCUGAGUCUCAAAUUGAACCGGACAAUAAACAUUCGAAAGAGGAUCACGCUAGGCAUCAUGGCAAUGAAGGUGAGAACGGCCACAAAGAGAGAGUACAUACAAAGAAGCUGGUUCACAACCAUGAUGCCAAGGAACAUGAUGAGAUCCACAAGGCAAUGGAUGACGAAAAUGAUGAGGAGGUCGGAAGUGAACAACGUGACGACUCGGAUUAUGAGGAUUAAUGGAUACGGCAUUCUUAUGGAGCUAAACGAAAGUUCACCCUUUUUCAACGCACACAUGGAGUCUGUCUGCACUGGUUUUAUUCCUGUGGUUAUCCCUUUGAUAUGACCUACGCACUUAAUUAUAUCGUCGAACAUGUUACAUUCACGGUCAAACGCGAUCGACCCCUUCAGCUUAUUCGCACAAACCUAAUAUUCCACUUUUUUAAAUUCCACCUCAUUCCUCAUGGUUAUUUAUAAAGUGCUUUGGUUGGGAAUUUAUCUUUUCUUCGGAGCUGCUUUUGGUGGUCGAAUUAGAAAGAUUGCCGUA